AUGACUUCUUUAAAUUUUUCUAGAUUAACCAUGAUCAUGACUAUGUCUCUCUUUGUCCUCAUCAUAGUAGGGAGUGCCAAUGCUCAACUUUCUACAAGCUUUUACUCAAGUUCUUGUCCCAAACUCUCUUCCACAGUGCAAUCCACCAUGCAAUCAGCCAUAUCAAAAGAGGCUCGAAUCGGUGCUUCUAUUCUUCGGUUGUUCUUCCACGAUUGCUUUGUCAACGGAUGCGAUGGGUCAAUUCUACUCGAUGACACGUCAAACUUUACCGGGGAGAAAAAUGCAUUUCCAAACAGAAACUCUGCUCGCGGAUUUGAAGUCAUUGAUAAUAUAAAGACAGCGGUAGAGAACAUAUGUCCCGGAGUUGUAUCUUGUGCUGAUAUUCUUGCCAUUGCUGCCGCAGACUCUGUUGCAAUUCUUGGAGGACCAUCCUGGAAUGUAAAACUCGGAAGAAGAGACGCUAAGACGGCUAGUCAGUCAGCUGCUAAUACAGCCAUCCCAGCACCAACAUCCAACCUCAGUACACUUACCUCAAUGUUUAGUGCAGUUGGUCUUUCUUCCAAGGACUUAGUCACAUUGUCAGGUGCUCAUACAAUUGGACAAGCAAGGUGCACAAACUUUAGGGCACGGAUCUACAACGAAACCAACAUAGAUGCUUCAUUUGCUAGCACAAGACAAUCAAAUUGUCCAAGUACAUCAGGCUCAGGUGAUAACAAUUUGGCUCCUCUUGAUCUUCAGACCCCCACUUCUUUUGACAACAACUACUUCAAGAAUCUUGUUCAAAACAAAGGUCUUCUCCAUUCAGACCAACAACUUUUCAACGGUGGCUCCACCAACUCAAUAGUGAGUGGCUAUAGUACUAAUCCAACCUCUUUUUCAUCUGAUUUUGCUGCUGCUAUGAUCAAGAUGGGAGAUAUUACUCCUCUUACGGGUUCAAAUGGAGAGAUUAGGAAGAAUUGUAGAAAAACCAACUAA